GAGGAUUUUCCAGUGGCUCCUGUGGUCGGAAAUUUCACUCGACCGCACUCGGCGUUCAGUCGCGGUACAGCGUUUGACACGCAGUCGAAGAGGGCCAGUAGAAGCGAGCACGAGAUGCCAAAUGGUGGGUGGUGAGUAGCCGAGUUGGUCGCGCAACGUCCGUCAGAUAAUAUGUGAACAGUGAUAAAUCGGCGUGGUGUGGUGCAGACUCGAUUCACAAUUGUGGCUCGUAAACCUCGUGUGAUCUGUAAAAGGUAAAAGGCGACAAAAGUGCAGUGACUCGACAUUUGAUUGGUAGUGCACGCAGAGCAGCGGCCCUUCGCGUACACACACAGACACACACGUGGCACCUAUCCGAGAACUAAGUGAAAAUAAAAGAACACGCAGUAACCUUUGAGGGAUGUUCUUGUUCUGAUGUACCAAAAGAAUCGAAAGUAUGGAUCAGCAAACCAGUCGAAAACAGGCGGUGAAUUCACCGGAAGUGGCCUUGGCGAACGAGGUGUUCAAUCUGUUCUGCAAUGCAACCACCCUAAAAACUAUCCUCGGUCACUUUAGACACCUGUGCGACCUGCUCAAGAUCAGGCCGAACACGAUCUCUCAGUUCUAUCCGAAAUUGAAAGGGAAGCUACGAUCUUGGAAGGCGCAAGCUCUAUGGAAGAAAUUCGAUCAACGGGCCAAUCAUAAAUGUUACAAUCGCGGCAAAGCCUGCUCCAACACAAGGGUGUUGAUAAUAGGAGGUGGUCCUUGUGGACUUCGUUCGGCUAUAGAGGCGCAGCUUCUAGGGGCGAAAGUAGUUGUUGUGGAGAAAAGAGAUCGGAUGUCCAGGAACAAUGUCCUUCAUCUUUGGCCGUUCGUUAUUCAAGAUCUUCGUAGUCUAGGGGCGAAGAAAUUCUUUGGAAAAUUUUGCGCCGGAUCCAUCGAUCACAUCAGCAUCCGACAACUUCAAUGUAUUUUGCUCAAAGUUGCUUUAAUCUUAGGCGUUGAGUUUCACGAGAGCGUGAGCUUCGAUUCGUUGAUACCACCGCCAGAGAACCAAGAAGAAAGCAAAAUCGGAUGGAGAGCGAAAACGACUCCCGCCGAUCAUCCGGUCUCUCAAUACGAAUUCGACGUGUUAAUCGGCGCGGACGGUAAAAGGAACACAUUGGAAGGCUUCAAGCGGAAAGAGUUUCGAGGAAAAUUGGCCAUCGCCAUAACAGCGAAUUUUAUAAACAAACGUACCGAGGCGGAGGCUCGGGUUGAAGAAAUCAGCGGAGUGGCUUUUAUCUUUAACCAGAAAUUUUUUAAAGAAUUGUACCAGGAGACUGGUAUUGAUCUGGAAAAUAUCGUGUAUUACAAAGACGAUACACACUAUUUCGUGAUGACUGCCAAGAAGCAUAGUUUGAUCGACAAAGGUGUUAUCCUGCAGGAUCAUGCAGACACUGCCAAAUUACUCGCCAAAGAGAAUGUGGAUCGAGAGGCACUGAUGCUUUACGCUCGCGAAGCGGCCGAAUUCUCCACAGAAUACCAAAUGAUGGAUAUGGAAUUCGCGGUGAAUCAUUACGGACAACCAGACGUGGCUAUGUUCGAUUUCACGUCAAUGUACGCGGCGGAGAAUGCUAGUCGAGUUUUGGAGCGUCGCGGCCAUAGAUUACUUAUGAUUCUUGUCGGCGAUAGUCUGCUGGAGCCGUUUUGGCCGACGGGCUCCGGCUGCGCGAGGGGAUUUUUAAGUUCGUUAGACGCCUGCUGGGCAAUUAAACAGUGGGGUUCCUCGAUGUCGCCCCUAGAAGUGAUCGGAGAACGAGAAUCGAUCUACAGACUUCUUGGUCAGACCACGCCGGAAAAUUUGAACAGAGACUACGCCGCGUAUACUCUGGACCCACACACCAGAUACCCAAAUCUGAAUGUAUCCUCUGUAACGCCAAUGCAAGUGCGAAGUCUGCUCGAUACAGAUGAUCCCGACAGCACUAAGCAGCCACCCGUGCAAACUGACGUAGAUAUACCUAAGAAACGCCGUCGCCGUGAUCUUCAUGGAGAUGCCCAAAUUCAUCCAGACAUGCUGCUUCGCUGGCUACAGAAGCAGGUUGCUCUGUACGACUCGGUAAAAAUUGAAGACAUGGGUGCCUCUUUCAAAAGCGGUCUGGCUAUUUGUGCGAUCAUCCAUAGAUACCGUCCAAAUCUGAUAGAUUUCCACAGCUUGCAACCGGAGGAGGUGGAAAAGAACAACCAGCUGGCUUUCGAUAUUUUAGAGAAGGAAUUGGGUAUACCGCCAAUAAUGACCGGAGAAGAAAUGGCUCAAUGCGAUACACCUGACAAGCUCGCGAUGUUUUCCUAUCUGACACAGAUAUACGACGUUUUCCAUGGCGAGAUUCCUUAUGUCAGACAUCCGAAAUUCGAACCCGAAAACGAAGAAAGGCCAUCGCACAGCAAACAAUUGAGCCAACUGACAGCCGACCAAAAAGUUCACUUGCUCGACCGAAUCGUGAACCAGCAAGAGAGCGGGGCGAGAACGAGACAUUCUCGAUCGAGACACAACGAAAAUUUAACCCCUGCGGAUAAAAAGGGGGAUACAAUCAGCCGACGAUCUCGGAAGAGACGUAGCACGGAGAAGAUGGGUGCAACAGUUGAGGAAAGGCAGAAGAGACUGGCCGAUAUCGAAAAGAAUCGUGCCGAUCGUAUGCGAAGACGGCAAUAUUUGCGAAAGAUGGCGACGCAGCAAUUCUACAAAAGUAUGCAGAUGCUGCAGGCGAAUGCGAAACGUGAGAAAGACGAGCCAUUCGAAGAUUACUCGAUAUUCUUGUACCGUCAAACUGCGCCGGAUUUCAAGGAUAGAGUGAAAUAUCUUGAACAGAAAAUAUUAUACCCAGACAGAGAACCCAAGAUACACGCCGGCCAUCGUAGAAAUAGCAUAGACGAAGAAUUCUCCGGGAGGAUUAAGAACAUCGAAGACAAGUUAAAGGGAUCCACGCCGUCUGAGAAGAAACCUAGGGAUCUUUUGCGUGCCAUUGGAAAAAUCGAGAAGACCGAUUGGAACGUGAAGGAGAUUGAAAAGAAAAUCGAGGAAAGUAAGAUGGGUCGUUCAGUCCGACACGACAAAGUAGAACGGGUACCCAAAUGGAGUCGAGAACAGAUGUGUAUAUGCUUCAUUCAGUUUUUAGCUCGACAAAUCAAGAUGGAGAAGAAGGGGCGUGAUCAGAAGGAGACAGAUAGUAAGUACGCUGAUAUUGACAAUACCCUGAAGAAUAUAGACAAGAAGAUCAAAGAGGGUAAUGUGCUCGGGUACAAUAAAGUCUCGGCUAUGGCCGAACAAUUUUCGAAUAAAAGUCAGGACGCGGAGCCCAAGGUGCAGAAAUCGAACGUUAAGCCUACCAUAACCCUGCCCGCUCAAGGAGGUUCAGAGAUGUGUCACUUCUGUAAUAAAAGAGUUUAUUUGAUGGAGAGGCUUACUGCUGAAGGGAAGUUCUUCCAUAGAGGCUGUUUCCGUUGCGAAUACUGUUCUACCUCAUUAAGAAUAGGAAAUCACACAUUUGAUAGGGAGAAGAACGGCGGACGAUUUUAUUGUACGCAACAUUUCGGCUUCCCUGGAACAAUAAAAGCUCGCGUAGAGAAGAAGAAGCUAACUUCGUUGAACAAAGAGAAUAUACCUAUCACAUCUGUAAAUCUGAAAACACCUGAGAAGGCAAAAAUACCUUUGGAAGGCGUUGUUGGGCUCGACUUGCUCGAUCGUGGACAAACUCCUGAGAGAAUAGAAUUUGAAAAUUUAGCAGGUAUAUCGGACGCUGAAGAACCACAAAGUCAAAUGGAUGAAGAUGAAUGGACAGAUAGAAAUUUCGGUGCAUCCACUGCAGAAAUGGGGUCCAGUGAUGACAUUUCGGACAUGAGUGAUUCGGAGGAUGACAACGAAGUAUAUGAGGAAGCCAUGGAUCAACCUUUGACGACUGAAGGAACCCUUGAACUCGCUAAAAAUUGGACGUUGAGGUACUCUCAUCCACAUACUGCAAUGGGGCAGUCCGAUACGGGCAGCAACGAAUAUGAAGACUCUAGUGAAUAUACGAAUGAAGAUGACGAGAGUACUACUGCCACGGAAGAUGAAGAAGACAUACGCGCUCGAGAACUCAGAAAACAAGAAGUAUGGUUGAAGCAUCCUACCCGCAGUUCUGAUACGGACACUGGUUCGGAAACGGAGGUUGCCUCUAACGAUGGAACAUCAGAAGAAAGUGAAGAAAACUCAGCCACAGAAAUAUCAACAGACUCCGAAUUCGAGCACGAUGGAACAAUUCCAACGCAGCACGAGAUUCCGGAAAUCACAAUCAACGAUUCUUACGUUCGGAAGACUAGAGGAAAUUACGUAGAACCAAAGAAAGUUCAAGUGAAAAGCAAAGUUAUAUCAUCUAUUAAUGGAAAUCUAAAACAAACUGCUGAGUCAAUUCCAAAAUCACAGUUGAAGACAACCGAACACACUGUAAUAAAUUCGUCCCACACGGAAAAAGAAAGUAACUCAAACUUAUUGGGGUCCAAUAGUACAAACCGAGUUCCACUAGUAAAUCCAUGGAAAGGGGAUUACUUAUUGAACCGAACUCAUUCUACAGAGUGCAUUGCAUCCAAAUUAUCUUUGGAACUUAAAAAGAAAUAUUUACUUGGCGGAUCAGCUUUUGGUGGAUCUGUUAUGAAAUCUGGAUCAGCUUCAAAUGUUGAUACUCAGCUACGAAAUUUAACAGAUGCUAUCUCUCAGCAUCAAAAACUUCUGAAUCCAGCACCAGAGCCAAGUCCUACGAUGCAAGCAUUUUUGCAAGGAACUAGCAAACUAAGAUCAAACAAUACUCAACUAUCACCGAUAUCACCUACAGCUAUGUUCUCUUCUUCUCCGAUACGACCAUGCAGCACCAACCGUUCAUCUCAAAAUUUAUUAAAUAAUGAUAACCCCAUUUAUAAGGCAACAAUUUUACCAGAAAUAUCAAAAACUCAGUUACCAGACUUGGUGAAAGAAUCUAGUAUUUUAAAAUCAAAGACUGCCCCUAAUAUUGUCUGCGGCGAAUCAAAGAAUGCAUCAGAAAAAGAACUUAAGAAAGAACAAGUUGCACCUAGCCAAGUUAAAAAUGAAAUACUGGAAAACGUGAAAAACUCGCAAAUUAUAGAAAGUAACUUUAUAGGAAACACUGAUGAAAACAAUGGUUUCCGGCCACGUAGUCCACUACACGAGACAUCAAUAAUUGUACCACAGUUGAACUGGAAUAAAAAGAAAGAAGAAGUAAAGGAUGCUGCUAGCUCUGGCGAUUCAGAAAUAGACAGUGAUUCCUUAUCUUCUAGCGAUGAUGAAGGAGAAGAUGGGGUACAAAACCAAAAAGCAGUUGCCAUCAAUUUAUCUCCUCCACGAUUGCAGAUUCACAGUACAGAUGGGGAUCUGCUACUAGACGAAGAAGCUGAUAAGUGUAAAGAUUUUGAUGAUGGCCAGUCAUUUGAACCUGACUCUAUAGAAUGUUCCCUCUUACAAGAUAAAGCAUUGAAUCAGAAAGUAAACUCUGUUACUCAUGAUCCGACUCUUUCUAUAAACAACACAUCGGUAGAGUUGGAAAUAGUAAAAAAUGAAAUUGAACAAUUGGAACUGCAAGAUGACAGCAAGAAAAGUUUUAGCAAUUGUAGUAGUCCUGUAUCAGUAGCGUCUACUCUAUCUAAUAAACAUAAUGAUGAUUCCGAGGAAAAUGAUGUUACUACAGCAGCACUCACUGAAACUGAAUUUUCAGAAUGGGCUCGAGAUGGGGAGGUUUUAGUGUCGGAUGAUCUACGAGAUGUAGAAUUCAACAUCAAUCCAGAAUUUAUAACUACUAGAAAAACAACAUUAUCGAGCUCUCAAAAGUUGAGUUACACACCAAUCACAAUAGCCAAGGAGGAAGAUCUAACGGAUAUGGAUUUGGACUCUUUCAAAAUUGACAACAAUCUAGAGACCCCUAUCAAUAAUACUUCUCAACUUUUAGCUAACGGUGAAAACAUAGAUUUUAUGGAUACAGAUAAUGAUUCAUUAUUAGAUGAUAGUCUACAAGAUGCUUCCAAUAUUGUGAUGCUCAAGAAUAGGGGGUACGUUGAAUUUGUAAAUAUUAGAAGCACUUCAGCACAUACAAGUGCACAAGAUAAAUUAACUGCAGAUGCUCCCAUAGCAAAAUUAGAGAUAGAGAAUGAUACGUGUUCGGAAGAGGAGGUUUGCAAUGAUAGAAAUGUUAUAGAAAUAAAUCCAGUUACCAUGGAUGAUGUGAUGAACAAAUUAAAUGGUACAGUAAAUAAGUCCGAAGAUGAAAUUAAAAUAACCACAGAUUCUAAACUAAAUAAUGAACAGCAAGAUGAACUGAUCACAGAAGCAGUAAACAAGGAAAUGUAUCCAUCAAUGGAAGAAGAUAGUCUGCUAAUUGUUGAACCAGCAGAAGAUACUACCACCAGUGAGGUAAUUACAGUCCUUGCUAGUCCUGUUAAUCCGCAAGUGUCAAUAGUUCCAAAUUUAAAUUCUCAAAUCCAAGAACCAAACCAGGAAGGUCAGGAAAAAACUAUUGCAGAUUCUAGCAAUCCAGAUUACCUAGAAUAUGUAAAGCGUCUGCAGUCCAGAAUUGCCGAGUUUAGCAAUGCAAAAGAUUCCAUAGACGUCAGAAAAUCAAAGAGAAAAAAUUCAAAGAGUUCAGUACAAUCCCGAACAGCUGAGAUAAUAGCCGAAGAGAUUAAGAGUCAGGAAGCUGCAAUAAAUAACAGUUUUAAUUCUCCAGUUACCUCUAGGAAACUGGAAGAAAUUAGUAGAGAGAGAUUCAAGCAAAAAAAUGUUAUACAGGAUUUAUUAAUGGACAAACUGGAAGCACAUAAACAGAAAUCUGCGGAAAAGAAAGCAAGGAGAGCUGCCCGGGUUUCCUCUUUCAAUUCUACACCUGUUUUAUCGCCCAUAAAACCACCUCUUCCUAGUGCUUCACCAGUUAGUAAAUUUGUACCCAGUGCAGUAGUAACACCAACAAAUAGUGCUUUACGAACCACUUCUACUGUGGAUAACAGAUCAUCAGAAACAGUAAAGACUCGAGAGUCUCAACAGUUCCCAUGGAAAUCAGAGAACGAUAAAGAUACAAGUAGCGAAAAGAAUGUAAGUGAUGUUCAACCCUUGGAGAAUACUACAAUAAUAAAGCCAGACAAUGAAGCAGAAGAUACGUUUAAAACACCAAUAGCUCCACCUAGAUUAAAACACGAAGAGGCGAAAAGAACUGCUGAAAAAGCAAGACAAGAUGCUAGGGAAAGAGCUAGAAUGAUGAGCGAUGAAGACUUGGGUCUCAGUCCAGAGGACAAGAUUAAAGAAUUAAAAAUGAAAGUGGCACGAAGACAACUUUCAAUGGAAGAUAAAAAAAGUAAGAAGGAAAUACAGAUUGAACCACGAACCAGAUUGUACAAUGCUGGAGUAAAUAAGACUGGAUUGAAACUGCAGACAAGCAAAAGCACAGAUAAUAUGAAAGCUGUAGCAGAGGCAAUAAACUUCGGAGGUCUAUGUGCUUCUAACGCGAAAUCAAUGGACGAACUGUUGCAUGCUGGUGAAUCUCCAAAAUCUGACACUUGUAUUACAGUUGUAAAAAGAGAAAAGAAACAAAAAACAAAGGAUCCGGAAAGAAGAAAAAGUAUCAUUCAAGCAGUCUCAGACUUCUUUUUCAAAAAGGACUCUUCUCAGUCGCCGUCGUCCAAUCAGAAAGACAAGUUAUCUAUGUUCCGCCUGACCAAUAAGUCAAAAGGCAAAUUAUGUAAAUCGUAUUCGGAAGGGUCUGAUCUUGAUAAAGUUGUACCGGCAAAGAUUAAUACAAGACCAAAAAGUGUUUGCGAGGGAAUGCUUGCAAGGAAUUUCUUAAAUGAAAAUCCACCACCAAUUCCACCACCUCCGCUUAAUUAUACUAUUCCUACAAUACAUGUAUCAGAUGACAGCUUAUCAGAAGACGAAACAAAAACGACAGCAGUAUCUACAUCAUGCAUGCUGAAAGCUACAGUAACUGAAGGAUCAUGUAAUAGCUUUUCUCGAAAAUCGAAAACUACAAAACGAAUAGCUAGACAAGCACAAUUAAAAAGGUUGCGCAUGGCUCAAGAAAUUCAAAGGAAACUAGAAGAAACGGAAGUUAAACAAAGAGAAUUAGAAAGUAGAGGGGUCAGUGUUGAGAAAGCUUUGCGCGGGGAAGGAGAAUGUUCUGACCGAGAAGAAGCGGAUUUACUCAGAGAAUGGUUUGAUCUUAUGAAAGACCGCACUGAAUUGCGUAGAUAUGAGAAAGAACUUUUAGUACGAGCUCAGGAGGUUCAACUUGAAGAUCGUCAUGAUAGAUUACAACAAGAAUUAAGGGAACGUUUAGCUGAUGAUGAUAACAAGAAAACAAGGGAUGAUGUGAAAAAAGAAGGAGAAAUUUUGACAGAAAUGUUGGAAAUAGUCGCGAAGAGGGAUUCGCUCAUCGCCCUUUUAGAGGAAGAGCGACAAAGGUAUCAAGAUGAAGAUCGCGACCUUGAAGCUCAAAUGUUGGCUAAAGGCCUCAGAUUAACACCAAUAAAAAAGUGUGGUCCUAAGUAUUCGGUUUAAUAGGAAUCACGUUUAUUAUUGUAGAUAUACUCUAUCCUAUAUUUUCAUUGAUGAAUUUUAACUAAAUAUAACUAAAUUAACGAUACUGUAAAUAAGGAACAGAUAAUAACGUAUACAAAUCGAAGCUUAAGUUAUAUGUAAUUUUUAUUCAUACUGAAAUAUACAUUGAGUUAUAAGUCUUUCAUUUGCGUACAAACAAAUCGUGCAUAUUGAUUUUUACAAUCACGGACCAAAUAUUCUGUCUUUAAAUUAUUAACAUUAUAAAUCAUAUGAGCGAAUUUUUAUUUGAAAUCAUAUACACAUUAUGUACACCUUUAAAAAUCAGAGCAAAUGGAAUUGUAUAAUAAACAAACUUCGUUUUUUAUCACUUGAAACAUAAGGUAAGACUAAUCACAGAUAACAAUACAAUUAAAAAUAUUUAUAUGACCAUAAUGGAAAUGAUCGCAUAUAAUUGUGCAGUCUGUACAGAAACACAAUGUGACAUAUGAAUUUAAAGAAUAUCUUGUGAAUACAUAUAUAUUUUGUCAGCGUGAAAUAUUAUUGACCAUAGUCGUGAAAUAAUUUAUCAAGACACAGAUGAUUCUGCCUUUUUAUAUGAAUCAAUCAAAAUGUAAUCGUUAUACAUAGUUUCAAUUAUUACGCAAAUAAAAUGUUGUAUUUUGUAAUUUAACCGAGUAACUAAAGAAGAAGUGAUAAUAGUAAAUAUCUUUUACAUAUACACACACAUGCAUCAUAUGUAUAUUCUAUAAUUCGAUAAGAUGUAGAAAUCUAUUUUUAUGUUUACAAAGAGACUGGUAAACAAAAUAUUCGAAGAAGUAUGAAAUAAUAAUAAGCCACAGAUAUGUAAAGUUUUCUAUCAAAUGUAACCACAAGUGGGAAAUGAACUUAUAUUUACAAUCGGAAUAAGAUUUUGAAGUAAGCCUUCAAUCACCUUGUUCUAUUCAACAUAUAAUAUGAUUAAUGAAAUAUAUAAAAAUAUAUAAAUAUAUAAUAGUUUACAUUAUCAGUUGCAUAUAUUGAAAAUAAGCUGCCAAUUUUUUAGCAUCAAGAGUUGGAUGUUACGAUAACUAAAUAAGAAAACAAAUAUAAUAACGUUUAAAGAAUAAAAAAUAUAUUCAAUGUGAAUGUUUAUCUAUAAACUUUACUGAAAACAAUUUUAAAGUGAAAGUAGAAAAGAUAGUGUAUUAGAUUAUUCAUCGAAAUGUAGGUAAACAUAAUACGUAAACCUAUUUUCAUGUAUUAGUAAUGUCAUUACAGAUAUGCAUAAUAAGAUAUAUGCAAUAUAAAACAUUCAAGGCAGAAACAAAAUUGAAGCAAUGUAAAAUGUACAAUGUGAAACAACUUGAAAAAGUCCAAAAUAUAAUAAAUGUUAAAGUAUCGUUUAAACAUCACAUAAUUAAUUAAUAUACCAUUAAUUUAAAAUUGAGAAAUUUAAAAAUAAUAAAUAAUUUUUGCUUUUAAUAUAUUCAUAUUUUCUAAUUUGAUACUAGUCUCCUCUUAAAUUUUUAAUUACUAUAUAAUGCACUAUAUAGUUUGUAAGAGGAACAAUUCUACUUCAUUUAAUUACCAUUUUUACUACUAAAAUGUUGCAUCAUACAUUGUGCCUCAUAAUUGUAAAUUGAUUAACUGUUCUCCCCAAGUUCUAAAAUACAAUAUUUAAUAUAAUUUUUGAAAGUUGUACCAUCAAUUUAUGAACCAUGUGUGCCUAGGAACUGGAAUUGUGCAACAUAUGUAAAUGAAAUGAAAGAAAAAUGUAAAUUUAUAGCUUAUGUGUUCAUUUUGAGUUUUUUGUGAAGAUCCUAAUCAAACUGUGUAAUCUUUUACAAAUAAAGCUAGUCUCUUAAAAAAAAUGCAAUAAGAACUAUUACAAUCUGUGUAACAUUUAUUAAAGUACAAUUAUGUAAUACAACUAUGUUGUUCAUCUCUGUAAAUAAAACUGCACUCCUUAAUAAAUUAUGUAUAUGUAUUUAUAUAUGUAACUAUAAUGUAAUGCUUAUGAAAUAUAAAGCAUUUCCCAGGUGAAAUGUAGUUUUGCGAAAACAACUGAAGUUAGUACACUCUUGUACCUAUU